AUGCGGCCAUUUGGCCGUAAAUGCGAAGCUGGGCUGGUCGCAAAUGCGACCUUUGGCUCGCAAAUGCGAAGUCCGGAUUUUUGGACAGUGUUCGCAAAUGCGAACAUUUUCUCGCAAUUCCCCCAGUUCGCAUUUGGACCUCAAUUUGAGUUGCAUAGUUCAUCAAUGCAUCUUCUGGAAAACUGGCAGUCAAAAUACAAAUGUUGUACUGUUUCAUCUUGCAUUCCAACUACAUCAUCGGAUACAGAGAUUUAUAAAAGAUUGCUUCCGCUCUACUUUCCUCGGGAUAAGCAUGAAGAGGAAGUUGCCCUGUUAAAACUUCCUGCAGAUGUUGGGGAUGAGAAUGGGGAGACAACUAUAGAUGAACGUAAAAUUAGAAUAAAACCGUUACCGAAUGCAAAAAAAUCCAGUCCAAGGGUUCCGCAGGCCUCUGUUGAUCUUUCCGUCAGUAAUGUUGGUUUGACCAGGUUAGUGAUGAAUUCUGCAUCCGCUUUAUAUUAUACAUAUAACAGUCACGUGGGUGAUAUAAGGAAGUCUUGAAGUUGGUCAAAGUUCCAAAACUGAC